GAUCCCCCUCUUUUUCUUUCUUUCUUUUUUAAUUUCCUGUCUCCAUUUCCUCUUCUUCCCCCGGGGUCCUAGUGCUCCACCAAAUGGAACUGCAGAGGAAGGGAAAAGCAAAUAGACAAAGGAGAGAGCAGGCAACAUCCUCUCCAAAGAUGGCUGAGGCAGAAGAAGAAGAAGUUGGCGUGGAGGUGAAGCUGGAGGAGGAGGAGGAGGAGGAGGAGGAGGAAGAAGAGGCUGGCUACAUCCAGUCUGGCCGGCGCUACAAGUGCCUGACGUGCAGCAAGACCUUCCCCAGUGUGCCCCGUGUGUUGCGUCAUCUGAAGUCCCACUCGGCCAGUUCCGGCGACGGCUUAGUUAGCAAGCUCACUUGCCCCAGCUGCAGAAAGGAGUUCCCCGACCGCGGCCAGCUCCGCAAACAUCAGCUCAGCCACCAGACUGAGCGGCCAUACCAGUGCCAACUCUGCGCAAAGGCCUACAAGACGGCCCCUGAGCUGCGCAACCACGGCCGCAGUCACAGCGGUGAGAAGCCUUUUGUGUGCCAAGAAUGCGGCAAGGCCUUCAUGCAGCCCGUCUGCCUCCGGGUCCAUAUGGCCCGGCACACAGGAGACCUGCCGUUCCGUUGCCAGCAGUGCCAUAAAGGGUAUGGCACCCUCUCCAAGCUGAAGAUCCACCAGCGCUCCCACACAGGUGAGAAGCCGUAUUCCUGUGGCGAGUGCGGGAAGCGCUUUGCCGACCCCUCGGUGUUCCGGAAGCACCGCCGCACCCAUGCGGGCCUGCGCCCCUACCAGUGCAAGGUCUGCCACAAGACCUACGCUGAGCUCAAGGACCUCAAAAACCAUGAGCGUUCGCACACCGGCGAGCGGCCCUUCCUGUGCCAGGACUGUGGGAAGGCCUUCUCCCGCUCGUCUUCACUCGCCUGCCACCAGCGCAUCCAUGCCGCCAACAAGCCGUACUGUUGCAACCUCUGUGGCAAAGGGUUCACCCAGCUCUCCUCCUACCAGAGCCACCAGCGCACCCACUCUGGGGAGAAGCCUUUCCUCUGCCCGCAGUGUGGGCGCAUGUUCAGUGACCCCUCCAGCUUCCGCAGGCAUCAGCGAGCCCACCAGGGCCUCAAACCGUACGCCUGCGACAAGUGUGGGAAGGCUUUCCGCCAGCCGGCCGACCUGGCCAUGCACCAGCGCAUCCACACGGGCGAGAGGCCUCACAAGUGCUCCCAGUGUGACAAGAGCUUUGUGGCCUCGUGGGACCUCAAGCGCCACCUGCUGGUGCAUUCGGGGCAACGCCCCCACCAGUGUGGGGAGUGCGGCAAGAGUUUUGCCGAGCGGGCCAGCCUCACGAAGCACUAUCGUGUCCACUCUGGUGAGCGGCCCUUCAAGUGUGGCCGCUGCGGCAAGGCCUUUGUGGUGUCCUCCAGCCUGAGGAAACACGAGCGCACCCACAGCAACGAGAACAAUGACAACAAGCCAGCACCCUUCAGCAACCAAGACCCACCACCCGGUGACCAGUCGGCCAUUGUUGUUGCCACUGUGGUGCCUGCGUGUGGCGAGUGCGGUGAAGCUUUUUCUUCUACCCAGGAGCUGCGCCGCCACGAGCGGCAGUUCCACCCUGGCCUGCGCCCAUUUCCAUGCCCAGAGUGUGGCAAAGGUUUCUCGGACCGAGCUGGGCUGCGUAAACACGAGCGUAUCCACUCGGGGAUCCGUCCCCAUGCCUGUCCUCACUGUUCGAAGGCUUUCCUGAGCGCCUCUGACCUGCGCAAGCACCUCAAGACACACGGGGCCCUUGAAAACAGGGUCCCUGAGGACACCAUGGUGACUGCUACCAUAACGACCUAUGAGCCGCUCAUGCCCGCCCAUAUCCACCACCAUCACCAUGACGACGGGAUGGAGACUGACAAGGAGUCCCCAUCGGACUGUCUGCAGGAAGCUCUCACUGAACCCACUUAAGCCCCACACCUUUCAUACCUUACAUGCGAUUGGGUGACAUGACCUGCAUAUUUUGAGGCUCCACUCUUUACCUGAACUGAUGGACCUUCUACAAACCAGCAGCCUGGCCUCGUUUCAUAUCAUGUGCCAUGGGCAACCCUCCUUGGAUGUCUCCCCUUUAGGGAACAUCAGUCUCUGUGCGUCCAGCACUUAUCAGGCACUUCAGAAGCUCCACCUCUUUUCAUAAGUGGGUGUCCAAUGCUUCCAAUGCUUGCAAGCUGCUGCCCCACUUUCCCCAACAUUUGCUCAUGCAGAGAAGAAAAGUGUGCCGGGGGCGUGGAGGAAUUAUGCUUUCAAAACACAGACAUUUCCUGAUAAGGAAAGGGGGCCAUGUGUGUAUAUGUGUGUGUGUGUGCUUCCAUCUCCUGAAGGGUAAUGAGCAUCCUGCACCUGAACGUGCGUGCAUGUGUGUGUUGCAGUCCAUUGGCUUAAACCCUUAUGCUGUGUGUGACUUUGGGGGUGGAAGCAGGAUUAAAGUAGUAAAGGAGGGUCUCUCUCUCUUGUGUGUGGGAGAAACAAGGCAAGAUCCGCUUUCCAUCUCCUAGGACAAUUGUCUCUAUAAAUCUGACUUAUGCUGGCCUCUCUCUUGUGUGUGGGAGAAACAAGGCAAGAUCCACUUUCCAUCUCCUAGGACAAUUGUCUCUAUAAAUCUGACUUAUGCUGGCCUGGCUUGUAUAAACAGAUAAAAAUAAAAUGUUUUUUUGUUGUUGUUUUGUUUUUUAAUGUA